UUCCUGAGCUUAAAGCACUCCACUGUUCUCAGGGAAACAGUGUAAUUGAUUCAUGCUUUUUAAUAUCAAAUGAAUAACUGACUGGAUUGCUUCUAAAUCUCCACAUCUGUAUCAAAAGGUGAAGGGGAUAAAAGCAGGCAGGUGGAAAAGUGUGGAAGUAGGAUCUAAUAGAGAAUUUGAAAGAAGGAGAGCACAUCUGGAAUCCAGUAUACUCUGGAGAUGUUCAAGAUAAUGUAGAAGAAAUAGAAAAAUCUUCAUUCCCAGACCUUUGUUAUCUAGGUCUUUUUUUUUCAGAUUUAAUUUUGAACACCUUUAUUGUAAAAAAAUAUGGGUAAUGCAGAAAAUCAUGAAAUGAACCUUAUCCAUUGAGUCUUGCCUUUUUGUGAGCUUAAGUCAUGAGUUGGAUGUUCCUCAGAGACCUCCUAAGUGGAGUAAAUAAAUAUUCAACUGGGAUUGGGCGCAUCUGGCUAGCUGUUAUGUUCAUCCUUCGGUUGCUGGUCUACAUAGUGGCUGCAAAGCACGUGUGGAAGGAUGAGCAGAAAGAGUUUGAGUGCAACACUAGACAGCCUGGCUGUGGAAAUGUGUGCUUUGACUACUUCUUCCCCGUCUCCCAGGUCAGACUUUGGGCUUUACAGCUGAUCAUGGUCUCCACGCCCUCUCUCCUAGUAGUUCUACAUGUGGCCUAUUGUGAGGGGAGAGAAAAAAAGCAUGGAAAGAAACUCUAUGACAGCCCAGGCACCAUGGAUGGGGGCCUAUGGUACACCUAUUUGAUUAGCCUCAUUGUCAAAACUGGUUUUGAAAUUGGCUUCCUUGUUUUGUUUUAUAAGUUGUAUAGGGGCUUUAGUGUCCCCUACCUUAUGAAGUGCGAUUUGAAGCCUUGUCCCAACACUGUAGACUGCUUCAUCUCCAAACCCACUGAGAAAACCAUCUUCAUCUUCUUCUUGGUCUUUACCUCUUGUUUGUGCAUUGUGUUGAAUUUCACUGAACUGAGCUUUUUGGUUCUUAAGUGCUUUAUUUAAAGUGCUAUCUCCAAAAAAAUUCUAAAAAGUUCAGCUCCUCAGUGUUGAGUGCCACAACCUCAGAUAUGUCGAAUAUGGUGAAAUAGGGGACCCUCUUCUACUCCAGAAUCGUGAUGCAGGCUUGGGCAUAGGCACACCCCAGCAACCUGAAGCAAAGCUACUUUGCUGUACAUAAGAGAAUUAAAUAAAGAAAACAAGUAUCCCUACUAAACAAGACCUAAAGUAGCUUGGAAAACCAAGGGUGUUAGCCUUGAUAUUAUUUGAAAUUAAAGACUGUUUCAGUAUGCUCUCAGAUGUAAAUGCUACAUAGAGGACUCAUUAUUCUGUGGUAGGGAUCUCUUAUGUCUAUACACAAGUUGUUUUUCAGUUAGUUAAUUGCAAAUUAGUCUAGAGAAAUACAACCAAGAGCAUUCUUUCAAGAGUUUAGAUCAGAAAAGAAUCUCUAUAUUAGUUUUCUAUUUUUCUGUAACAACCUUACUACAAUUCAUGCAGAAUGAACUGAACAAUAAAAAUGUGUCCCUUUUGACAACUAUAGUGGCCUCCAAGCUGACAAGACACUGGUGAUCUCCAAUUGGCCGUCAAGGCUCCACUCACUUUUAUACUCAACCUUUAUAGAGAGGGACUGUACUGUAGCAGCUAUAUGGGGCACACAGAGGCACCCCCAAAGAGAAGAGAAAACCUGACCUGAGAAGGUCCAGAGUUCAGGAUUCAUCAGUUUAGGAGUCCUUGGAUAUAAGUGGGCCAGGGGAGAGGAGGAAAAGCCAUCAUUUAAGUGAUCUCUAAGUUAAGCACAAAUCCUACUGGAAGAUAACCUACUUAAGUCUUUAGUCAUGGGGGAAGGCAAGUACCACAGACAACAGAACACUGAUAGGGAGCAUGGGAAGUCACAGAAAAAGAAUACUCUCACUUGGUAAUCAUUUUACACUUUUCUUUAACCAUAAAACACUGAAAUACUUUGUAAAUUUCCAUACUGUUAGACCUUUUUAUACCAGAACAGUAUGAUGUAACUAUAAAUAUGACACAAUUUGCUUAUAGUAGCACAUCUCUAGGAUAAUAAAACCUAUGUACUAGGCUAUUACAGUGGAUCAAAUAAUGUAAGAAAGAAAAAUCACUAUCAUUUGUUUUUAAGACUAGAACUUUUUACUUUUCUAUUUUUAAAUCCAUAAUAUACUCUUUGAAUUUGAUACUUUAACAUAUGUGCAUUGCUCUAGAAUAAAAAUUGUUUUACAAUGUUA